GACGGACCCAGCCGACAGCUAGAGAUGAAAAAAGCUAGGCGUCUUUUUAUGCUGCCUCGAUGACCUCUCGGAAGAAGUAUUUUUUACGACGGCGAAGCUGCAAAAUGAGCUGCGCCGCCGAGCCACUCUCAAAGCAAAAAGAAGUCACCUGCUCGCCGGUGGGAGACGGAUGUGGAGAAAUUUGACGCUCGACAGGUGAUGGUGGCGAGGCCCGCAGCUGACCCCGGGCCUGGUGGUGCCCCGUUAAAAGCUGCCAAAACUACAGCAGGAUCAGGUGGACCAGCCAGGCGCACACCGGAGACCUGUAUUAAAGCUGGGGUGCCCUCCCGUGCGUCUGGCCCCACCUCAUCAUCAGCUAAUAAAGGUGACAAACACAAUUUAAAAUAUCAGACAACCUACCCUGAGAAGGCCCAACUUUCUGAUCCGAAGGCCAAAAAGUCCACCGGCACAGUACCGAAGGUGAGAGGGUUACAGACGAAGCCAGCAAGGAGCCGACCGAGCCAGGGAAAAACGCAGGAGCGCACCAAGAGGCCUGACAGCGCCCUUAAGUCUGUCAAUGCUACAGCCGCCUCACCAAAGGGUGGAGCAGCAGGACGAGGCGCGGACGCCUGCGAGUUGGCUGGGGCAAUUAAUCCGUCCUCGUCCAGCUCCACCCCGGCGCUAUCAACAACAGGUGAGGCUGUUAUUCUGAAACCUCCUAAGGCCUUGGCCAAAGGAGAACUUGCUGCUGGCCCUGAGGAGAAAUUCGUUUCCAGUCUCCUGGAACCUGUACCUGUGGCUGUGGCGAAGGACGUUCCCAGGGCUCAAAAUCUGACUGAAUUCUUUGCUGACCUGACUCGAGGGGCUAAUCUUGAGAAUCUUCAGGAAGGCUCUGCCGGUGGGGGUAGCCUGCCCCCGCUGCCCCCACCUGGUUUACUCCAAAAACCCCCCCGGCAACCUUCCACUCUUGUGGUAAGUGGUGCCGACGUUUCACUGGUACCUGAAGUCUCAAAAAACCCUUUGCCCGAGUCUGUUAAGCUGCCACCCUCCGAGGCUCCUGACGAGGCUUUGCCGCACAUCACGGCCGACCUGGCAGGAGAAAGGCGGAGUGUCGUCGCGCUGGCCGAGCAGUUCCCGGUCGGGCGGGCCGAGGAGCUCUUGGUUGGGCUACGUGGGACCGUUUCCGAGACCAACAGGUGGCCACUGCCGAGAAAGGAGGCUUCUAGCCACCUGAGUACGCAGCCCACCCCAUCUCCCAAGAUUGCAGCACCAUCGCCAUCCAAAUCCUCGUCGAUAAAUUAUAGGCGAAAUUCAAAAAACACAAACCGCAAGUCCAUACACAAAGUCGCUUAAAAAACUUAAAUAUAUUAAAUUUAAAU